GGCCGGGCCGGGCCGGGCCGAGCUGAGCCGGGGGUGCCCGGCUGUGGGGCCGGCGCCGCGCUGCGGUGCGGUGCGCUGCGGCCGGGCCCGGGCGAGCGCCUGUCUGCCAUGCUAGCGCCCUCUCCUCUCGUCUCCUCUCCUCUCCUCUCUCCCGCAGAUCUCGCGAGAGCGGCCGGCUGGUGGCGGUGGGGGUUGCAGCAGCCGCGGCGGCGGCGGGCGGAGCAGGGAAGCGGCAGGAGGCGGCGGCAGCGGACGGCCGGACGGACGGACGGGCGGCCGGGCGCAGGGCGGGCGGCAUCAUGGCGGACAGAGACAGUGGCAGCGAGCAGGGCGGCGGCGGCGGCGGGGGCGCGGCGGGCUCCGGGGGGCCGGGCUCGGGCGGCGGGGGGCCGGGGGGCGGCCUGCAGCACGAGACCCAGGAGCUGGCCUCCAAGCGGGUGGACAUCCAGAACAAGCGCUUCUACCUGGACGUGAAGCAGAACGCCAAGGGCCGCUUCCUCAAGAUCGCCGAGGUGGGCGCCGGCGGCAACAAGAGCCGCCUCACCCUGUCCAUGUCGGUGGCCGUGGAGUUCCGAGACUACCUGGGCGACUUCAUCGAGCACUACGCGCAGCUGGGCCCCAGCCAGCCCCCGGAGCUGGCGCAGGCCGCCGACGAGCCGCGCCGGGCGCUCAAGAGCGAGUUCCUGGUGCGGGAGAACCGCAAGUACUACAUGGAUCUGAAGGAGAACCAGCGCGGCCGCUUCCUCCGCAUCCGCCAGACCGUCAACCGGGGCCCCGGCCUGGGCUCCACGCAGGGCCAGACCAUCGCGCUGCCCGCGCAGGGGCUCAUCGAGUUCCGCGACGCCCUGGCCAAGCUCAUCGACGACUACGGCGUGGAGGAGGAGCCCGCCGAGCUGCCCGAGGGCACCUCCUUGACUGUGGACAACAAGCGGUUCUUCUUCGAUGUGGGCUCCAACAAGUACGGCGUGUUCAUGCGGGUGAGCGAGGUGAAGCCCACCUACCGCAACUCCAUCACCGUCCCCUACAAGGUGUGGGCCAAGUUCGGCCACACCUUCUGCAAGUACUCGGACGAGAUGAAGAAGAUCCAGGAGAAGCAGCGGGACAAGCGCGCCGCCGCCGCCGCCUCCGGGGGCCCCGGGGCAGAGCAGCAGCAGGAGACGGAGAGCAGCGCCGCCGCCGCCGCCGCCGGGCCCCCCGGAGCCCUGCUGCAGGCCGACGAGCCCGAGGAGGAUUGAUCCCGACUCGCCUCCCCGCUGCCUCCCUGCCUGCUGCACAGAGACACACACACAGAGACUUAUACUGUAAUAAAGAGAAACCGAGACACAGAACCAGAGAGAGAAAUAAUACAAAAAGAGAGAGAGAGAGAGAAAAAAAACAACAAAACAACAAAAAAAAAUGUACCUGUUAAUAACUCCAAGGGAGCACCACCCACCAACCAACCUCCACAAACUGACAGCUGAGCAACUUCUCCGACUUGCCACCCAUCGCUGGAUGUUCCUCCACUUUACCCACCAUAUAAAACAACUUUUACCAGUAAAUAUCGGUUUAUUCCUGAAACCAGAAGCCCUAAACAUACCUUUGUUUAUAAGGUCAGUCGUCAUUUCCUCUCUAUCCUCCCCCAUUUAAUACAAAUUAUGUGAUCUGUCAGGUAAAUGAAAGCUACAACGUUUUCUUCCUAGUUUUCUUGCUCUGCACUAUUGGAAAGGGGAUCUAUGGGACCUAGAAAACAUCAUUUGGUAAUGUAGAUGUGAGUUUCCAAACUAUUAUUCUUAAGAAGUUAAACUCUUUUUGAAAAUCUGCUUUAAGACUAGAGGCAUUUACAUCUACAAGGUGGCAGGAGCUGAUUGAACUCAUCCUAAAAUAUAUAAAAAUGGAAGACUUAUAUUUUACAGUAUUGUACAUAAUUCUGUUAAAAUAUUUUCAUCCAUGGCAUGGAAAUUAUUUAUAUGAAAGCAUAUACCAGAAAAUGAUUUUUGUAUUUUGCAAGAAUGGGGUAGAAGAAAAAACUGAAUUUGAGCCUGACCAUGUUUUAAACUUAUCACAAAAAUUUACUUUGAAAUUGAGAGAGAACUCAAAAAGCAAAAUGUUCAAAAUUUAAAAGGACGUUGUUGGAUAGUUCAGAACUGUCAAAUUCAAGUUUUCUGUGUGAGUUUUGUAAUGAUUUGAAUGGAUACAUAUUUUAUGAAAUUCUGUUACAUACUCAAAAUAGAACUUGGGAGUAUUUAAACAGCCCUUUAGAGUGUUUGCAAGAAAUAGAGAAGCUGACUAGGAAAAGAAAACGAAGCUGAAUAAACAGGUCCAGCUAAAUUUUUGCUUUCCAGAACAAGUGAAAUGCAAAGAGUAAAAGAAGAGGGGAAAAUCAGGAUUUUAAGCAUUUAUUUGGGUUUUAAUCCCUUAGAGCAUUGCCAGCAAUUUAAGGAAGACUAUUUUCUAUAUGAUUGUUAAUUUAUGUCCCUUUAAGAAGCACAAUCUAGUAAAAUUAUCUUAAUAAUAUGAAAGAUAAGACUGUAAUCUUUAUUUUUGUGAUUUUACUAUAACUAAAAGCUUUUGCAGUCUUAGUUGAAGUCCACAGUGACUGGAGUCUUCCAGUUGUACACUUUUUCUAAGCUGAAAAGUACCUUUCCUCCCCUUUUACAGCCUGUGUGGUUCUGAUUGCUGGCAGUUCUGUAGUGCAACAACUUUAAUCUGAGCAAUUGAGACUCGCUGUACAUUACCUGCAGACAGCUUGAGGAGGACUCAUGUUAACAGAUUGGUACUCAACAGCAUCACCCCACCUUGUGAAGUCACUUAUUUUUUUAAAAGUCAGUGUUAGAUUAACCUCUUUAGCUUUAAAGGAAAAUUUAUAUUGCAAAGCAACUUUAUUAUGGACCUUUCAUAUAUUCAUAAUUCCCUUGCAAUCCCAAAUUGGAGAAAAAGCUCCUGUUAAGGGUAUAUAUUACUCUAGAUUUUUUCUUACUGUAAAUAUUGUAAUUUUAUAAUACUGUCAAUAUUUUAUUAACUUACAGAUAUUUAACAAAGUUUAAUCUAUGUGGGUUCAGAUUUAUUAAGUGCUCCGCACUUCCAUAGUUUUUGUUGCAGUCAGUAUUGUAUUAUGUUCUAAUGUAAGAUUAACUUAAGUAAAAAUAAAUAAAUAAAUAUUGAUUUAAUAUAUCUGUGAGAAAUCAAACAAUAGAAAAAAUAUUUUCCUUUUUAAAGCGUAUAUUCCAGUUUCAAUCUUAAAAAUAAUUUAAUGGAAUAUUAAAAUGACAAAACUUCAAAAACAUAUGUAGCUAAACAGCAGUUAGACCCAUGUCACUUGAAAACUUAAAAACUGAACUAUAACAGGCUUUUAUCAGCCUGAUUGCCGUGAACAAGAAUUUCUGCAGUAUCUAAAUCAUAAUUUUUUUUUCAUCUGGAAUAAAGGGGCACUGUCAGAUCAAUUUGAGGUUUUUGAAAAAAGUCAAGAUCAUUAGAAACACUUUUCUUUUUUAAAGCCUUUUACAGUUGUAAUUAAAACAGGAUUUUUUGUUUGUUUGUUUGGUCUCUAAAGAUUCCGGUAGGAGUUUGCAUCUCAAAGUUCGCAGCCCAAUAGUACUGCAUGAAAGCCAGAAAGAAGCUAGAAAUUGACCGUAUGCAGGGAGUAACAUUUUUUUUAAGUUCUCCAAGCUGAAGGCCUGGUCCUCUUCUUUUUGAAAUGCACAGCAAAGUUUCUAUUGGCUUCUCUGUUAAGAGGAUCAGGUCCCAAAUUUUCAUUUUAUUCAUCUCAGCGCUGACAAUAAAAGUAAUUGAGAUUUCUAAAAUUUUGUUUGAUAAAGCUAAGAUUCUCCUAAUAAAUUUAUUGUUUUUUAAAAAUUACUUUUAAUCUGAUUGUGUCCCAUUAACAGUUUAGCUUUAACAUACUCAUUCUGCUUAACAGUUUACCUUUAACAUGUUUGUUUGCUCUGCAGACUGAUCAGAAGUUAAGGUAUUUUUUUCAGCGGCCAGAGAGAAUGAAUCGGUAGUAGGUUUACAACACAACUCUUCUGAAAACAGCAAGAAUAUCUCAAUUUUUUUUUUGUGGGAGUUGGUAUUUUUUGAGUUUUACAAGUUAAUCUUUAUUAGAGAUGUGCCAAUCUAUACUGCUUAUUGUAGUGCUGUUAUAUUUAGGCAUUUCAGUUAAUUUGCAAAUAUAUACUGUAACAGUAUACUUUGUACAGAAUUAUUUAAAUUUAUUUGAAAUCUGAAAUAAAUUAGGCAGAAAAUAAAGAUGUUUAUUUUUCAUUUGACUAUGUAAGCAGCUAUUAUUCUUUUGUUUUUAGUGUAUUUGUGCAUUAAAUUUCAUAGCCCUUAUUUUCUUUAGUUGAUAGGCCAAUUUUAAGGAACUCUGUGGAGAUGUGUAUAUGAAUUUGUAUUGUAUAUUGAUAACUAGAAUGCAAACAAUGAAAUCAUACUGCUUCUACACAUUCAGAGAAGAAGUUCUUCACUGUUUGAAUAUAUUUUUCAUUUUAUGACAAGAAAAGCAUUUAUUUUUUUAAAGAGAUUCAUGAAGCUCCUGCCAUCCAGCUUUGCAAAUCAGCUAUUAAAAUUCCAGGGUGGGAGAUCACUUGUCUAGCCUUUGCUGACAGACCAAAGUCAGCUUGAACAGCAUUCUAAUAUGAUGUCAAAAUUGUCCUUUGUGCUUUAAGUAAAACAAAACAAAAAGAAGAAAAAAAAAGAAAAGCAACCAAGAAAAAUCAAUAUGUUAAGUUUGUUAGAAAACAAGUUCCUUAUUGUACAAUAGAAUGAAUAUUGCUAGUCAACCUGUUGUCAUUAAUAAUAGAUUCUUAUUUUUGAAUUAUCUAUUUAAAAGAACAGCAAACAUUGUAUUUGCUAGUAAAUUUAAAGUGUUUACAUGUAAUUACUUAAUAAAUUAUUUGAUUUAA